AAUUCCACCGUCCUAACACCGGUCACCUACUGGGGUCAAUUCGAGGAGAUUGGCAACCACAAUCCCGGCCUAAACAUUCCAGAGCGACUGUGGGCAGCAUGGUACGCCUGGAUGCAGAAUGAUGUGCUCGCCACUGGUAUCAUGUCCUUCCUCAUGCACGAGAUUGUCUAUUUUGGACGGUCACUGCCAUGGAUCUUCAUCGACAGCAUGGGUCUCUUCAACCGAUACAAAAUUCAGAACAACAAAAUCCCCUCACUACGGGAACAAUGGGACUGCGCCAAGUUUGUGCUCCUGAGUCACUUCACCGUUGAGCUCCCCCAGAUCUGGUUUUUCCACCCGAUGGCCCAGUACUUUGGUCUCGCUACCUCGAUUCCCUUCCCCUCUGUCUGGACUAUGGCAUUCCAAAUCGCGAUCUUCUUUGUGAUGGAAGACACCUGGCACUACUUCUCUCACCGCGCUCUUCACUGGGGCCCUCUGUACAAAGCCAUCCACAAAAUCCACCAUCAGUACUCGGCUCCCUUUGGAUUGGCCGCCGAAUACGCUUCUCCCAUUGAGGUUAUGAUUCUUGGCUUCGGAACCGUUGGCUGCCCGAUCGUUUGGUGUGCUGUCACCGGAGACUUACACAUUCUCACCAUGUACAUCUGGAUUGUGCUGCGCCUGUUCCAAGCCAUUGAUGCCCACAGCGGUUAUGAGUUCCCCUGGAGUCUGCACCACUUCCUUCCCUUCUGGGCGGGUGCCGAUCACCACGACCUGCACCACGAGAAGUUCAUUGGCAACUACUCGAGCAGCUUCCGCUGGUGGGACUUGGUUCUUGGCACCGAAUACAGCCCUGAUGCUAUUAAGCGUCGCCGGGAGGCUACCUCGAAGAAAGCUCAGUGA